CCGAAGCACAUCUCGCACCGGGCGUUAAAUGUGAGUACAAAAUUUAGCACUUAAGUCUAGUGACAAAAUUGUUGAUGUGUUUAUAUUUUUUGAUGUAUCAGUAUUGUAUAAAGAGUAUGUAGUGCAAGGUGCAAUCGAUUCAAUAUUUACAAAUUUAAUGCCAAUAUUAAGUUUUGUUACAUGCACAAAAUUACACGCUAUCAGACCAUCAUACCGUCGCAGUUAUUUUUUACCGUAGUGUUGAAAUAAAAGUAGGCAUUUAAAGUUAAUAGUUUGUGAAGUGUUUGUUCAUUAAUUUAAUUAUUUAAGUGAAAAAGUUUAGUUGUUAAACAUUAAAGUAAUUACGUGUAAAUAAAAGUGAUGAUACGUGCUGUGAUAAUGAGAAGGAAAACUUUGCGGCCAGAAUUCCUGAGACUUCUACACAUGGAUUCUACACUUCUGUGGCCUUCCAGUGUUCAUCAUACCAGGACUCAUGUGCUGAAAUAAAGAUAGAGGACUUCAUGGACGAGAUGUCGCUGGCGCCACCGCCGGCCUUGCCGUCUUUUCCGCUACCGCUGCCGGGCAACCUCUCAGCCGCUGCGGCAGUCGCAGCGGUUGCUGGCGGUUCACCCGCAGAUUCGGCGAGUAAUAGCGCGUCGGGAAUCGACGCUGACGCCUGGCCACCAUUCUAUGACGGUGGUCCGCCAUGGUGGCCGGGCGGCGGUUUUGCACCGCCACCGCCGAGACCAACAUUUCUCGAAGAUAGCAUAGUAGCUGACGGACUCACCACAUGUGAUUUAUGUUCGUGGGCGAGAAGAGGACAAAGGGACGGGCUAAUUACUGAAGAAGCUUCUACUGGUUUAGGAUGGACGCUUAGUUUGGUCAUAGUUUCUGUGAUAUCAGCGGCUGUUGGGGCGGUCAUCAUGGUGACAUUUUUGAGGUGUAGAAGGACUGGGAACACUAUAGGAAUAUUCUCAUUACGGUCGAACGCAUCUCGUCAACGCAACAUAGUUCCCAGUCAAGCUACUGCUCUUAACGGCAAAGGUCCUCCGAAUCUGGUCACGAAUCAUCACCAUCACCACCAUACUCCUCACCACCAAGUGGUGACUGGUGACGGAACGUGGUCAGGGUGGUUGGGUCCGAGACGACCACCUUUAGGGGCUCCAACUCUCUCGGCAGAAAAUCAUUACACGCACAUGGACGACGCGUACGGCCCUGGAGGCAUAGCGCCGGCCCUGUCGCAAAGCAGUGAUGGAAAUCCAGGACCGCAGGAGGCUCUUUAUGCAGAGUUGGAUCGAGAAAGUAUAAGGUCGGGGAAUACGAAUCCUUAUCAAAAUUCGGCAUAUUCGGUUUGCUGUGAAGCUGGACAGGCUGAUGGAAGGAUGAUCAUUUCGUCACCGCCCAGCAGCGCCUAUUAUUCGGAUCUGUCGUGCGGCGGGCCUGAUCACCGAGACGCGGCCUACGAAGUGGUCGGCCUGUCCGUCCUGAACUCGGCGGGUCAUCACCAGCACCACCAGCAGCCGCCUUCGCAUUGGGACUCACCAACUCUGGGGGCCUCUCACCACCCAAUUCCUUUGGGAGCCAGACUGAAGGCCAUUCAUGAAACUACCACAGUUCCUAGUGACUACAUUUGAUGUCCGCUUUUACAGUACAAGUACAAUGCCAACCAGUAUAACAAGACAAGUCAGAGGUCUCAGGACUUCGAAAAGCGAAAUCGUCGGAAGCGCUAUUGUACCAAGUGUCAUGGCUUGAAGACUAUGUGAUUGUUUGAUGAUAUUGAGGGUGAACAAUUAUACUUGACGGAUAAGUAAAUUUGCGUGUGUGCGAUU